AAAUUCCCCUAAUUAAAAAAAAAGCAAAGUUAGGGAACCUUCACCUUCUUAAAACAAGUCGUCCGUCUAUCAGUCGACAAAGCGGACAUGGACGUCGCGGAGAAACCCUGGCUUCAUAGCCGCGCAUGGUGGUGGGCCCGCUUCAAACGCCCAUCAUUAGCCGCAAUCCUCCUAGCUUCCGCUUCCAUCGUCUUCCUCUUCCUCCUCCAGCCCUCCUCCUCUCCACCUGAAACCCCAUUUUCUCCGCCGGCGACAGCCGCCCCCAUCUCCGGCAGCCGCCCUCCGGUCCCUCAGAGCUGCGCUGGAUUCUACGAUGCCGGACCGCCGAGGAAGGCGGUUUUCUCGAUACAGGAAUUCGGCGGGGUUGGCGACGGCCUCACGGUAAAUACGGCGGCGUUCCGGCGGGCGGUGGAGCGGUGCAGGGAGUUCGGGGAUAAGGGUGGGGCCAUGCUCAAUGUGCCGGCUGGUCGAUGGCUCACGGGAAGCUUUAAUUUGUCCAGCAAUUUCACGCUUUUCUUGCAUGAUGGGGCCGUGAUCUUGGGAUCAGAGGACCCCAAGGAGUGGCCGUUGAUAGAGCCUUUGGUGUCAUAUGGGCGAGGAAGAGAGAGACCGGGAGGAAGGCAUAUCAGCCUCAUCCAUGGCAGUGGCCUCCAUGAUGUAGUUUUAACAGGACAGAAUGGCAGCAUUGAUGGGCAAGGGAAUAUAUGGUGGGAUCUAUGGUGGAACAGAACAUUGGAGCACACAAGAGGACACCUUGUCGAAUUAGUCGACUCGAAGAACAUUCUAAUAUCAAAUCUUACAUUCCGCAAUUCUCCAUUUUGGACAAUCCACCCUGUGUAUUGCAGUAAUGUGUUGAUGAAGAACCUCACUGUUCUGGCUCCUCUUCACUCUCCCAAUACUGAUGGAAUUGAUCCAGACUCGAGCACAAACAUAUGCAUCGAGGACUGCUAUAUCGAAAGCGGCGACGACAUGAUUGCCAUAAAAAGUGGUUGGGAUCAGUAUGGCGUUGCGGCCGCUCGUCCCAGCUCCAACAUCAUCAUCCGAAGGAUUUCAGGAACAACCCCAACUUGCUCAGCUGUGGGAAUUGGAAGUGAAAUGUCCGGCGGAAUAUCUGACAUACUAAUUGAAGAUCUACAUGUCUGGGACUCCGCGGCCGCGGUGAGGAUAAAAACGGACCGAGGUCGAGGAGGAUACAUCACAAACGUUACGAUAACGAAUGUGAAGAUGGAGAGGGUUAGGAUUCCUAUAAGAUUUAGUAGGGGAUCAAAUGAUCAUCCUGAUGAUGGCUGGGAUCCUAGAGCUCUUCCCCAAGUCAAUAUUAUUAAUAUCAGUAAUGUUAGCAGCUUCCAAGCAGAGAGAGCGCCCAUUCUUGAAGGCGUUGAAGGAGCUAAGUUUCAGGGCUUAUGUUUAAAAAAUAUCAAUUUGCGUAUAAUUCGCCAUGAUACGAAAUGGCACUGUGAGAAUAUUGAUGGUGAAGCUUAUAAUGUGUUACCAGUACCAUGCCCACAGCUUAGAAGGAAUCAAACUUCAUCUAAGUGUUUUCACUAAGAUUUUAAAUUUGUUCUGUAUAUUCUUAUUGUAUUUUCUCAUUUUUUUUAUGUAGAAGAACGUUGGAUAGAUCAUGUAAGCAGAAGCUAAAUUAGUCAGCAAAUUGGUGGAUGGUGUUCUUAUUCUUCACAGGCUUGUACUGAAACAAUGACAACAGAUUUUUUUUAGUAGA